UAAUGAAUAUAAAUUUUUUUUUCCUUUAGACGAAUCAAUUGAACCACCGAGACGAGUUCAAGCUAUUGCUGAUUUACAAUCAAAUACAGUACGUGUUUCAUGGGAACCAAUAAGUACAGCUCGUGGUUAUCGAAUACUUAUUGAUGGACGUCAAAUAUUAGAUAUAACUAAUCCAUUGAAUGAUCAGACAGUUAUAAAUUCGAAUAUAUUACAUCAUGGACGAUUUUUAACUAUUCGAACUUUAAAUGACAAUAGUGGUGAAUCACGUGAUUCAAUACCCAUCGAUAUUGAUGACAUUUUAAAAAAAACUUCCUAUUCAUCAUCAACAAUUUCAUCCGAACCAUCAAUACCAAUUAUUUCAUCUACUUUAUUAAAAUCUACAACAAAUGGAAAAGAAAUAUCGAAAUCAUUAACUCGAUCAUUAGAAUCUCCUUCAACAAUAUCAUCAAUAAAUACAGAUAUAUCACAAAUUGAAUUAAAUUCAACUAUUCCUAAAACAAUAUCACAUAAUAAAUCAGCAUUUAAACAAUAUGAUAAUUCAGAUUCAAAUCGAAUUCGAACAACAAUUAAUGAAAAUUUUAAUAUAAAUAAAUCAACAUUAUCAGGAGAACAACGUUCAAUUCCAUUGACAACAAAUAAAACUCUACGAUUACAAAGAUCAUCAGCAAUAAAUAAUCAUUUACUUGAUAAAACUAAUACUCCACCACGAUUAUUUGUUGCUUUAUUUGAUUAUGAUCCACAAGCAAUGUCACCAAAUCAAAAUAGUGAUGAAGAAUUACCAUUCAAACAAGGACAAAUUAUUAAGAUCUAUGGUAAUCAAGAUGCUGAUGGUUUUUAUAUUGGUCAAACAGAAAAUGGUCAGACUGGUUAUGUUCCUAGUAACAUGGUCUCAGAAGUAGAAGUUAGUGAUUCGGAAAAUCAAUCAACUAUAACUACCGGUAUGAUUUAA